AACCGGCCGCUUCGCAUCGUCGGCUUGCUCGCGACCCCCGACUCCGGCUGCAGGAUGUACGCCGAGAUGACGGCGCGCGCGUGCGCGUCUUCCGGCGUGACCUUCGACCUGCAGGAGGCCGCGCACUCCUUCGACGCCGUCGCCGCGUCCAUCCGCUGCCUCAACGCCGACGACUCGCUCGACGGCCUCAUAGUCUACUUCCCCCUCUUCGGGGCCGAUGAGGACGCGACGCUCCGCGCCCUCAUCUCCCGCCGCAUCGACGUCGAGGGCCUCUCGGGCCUCCCCCGCUCCCCGGCGCCCCCAUGCCUCCAGACCGCCGUGUAUCCCUGCACAGCGCUCGCCGUCGUCCGCGCCCUCCAGCACCCCACGGCCGCGUUGUACGAUGCCGCCCGCCCCGCCGGCAGCCGCUUCGACGGCACCGUCACUGUCGUGAACCGCUCGCCGACGGUCGGCGCGCCGCUCGCACGCAUGCUCGCGGCAGACGGCGCCCGCGUCUUCUCCGUCGACAUUACCGGCGCCGAGCUCCUCUCCCUGCGCGCCGGUGAGGUCGUUACCUCCCCCGUCUACGCCGAGCUGGACGAGCUCCUCGGCCAGUCGGACGCCGUGGUUUCCGCCGUCCCCGGCUCGUUCUCCCUCGACACGGCCGCGCUCAAGCCCGGAUGCGUGGCGGUAGAUCUCUCCGAACAUGGCAAUUUUGGUGAUGAUGUGCGCGAACGCGCCCGCGUCUUCGCGCCCCGCAUCGGCGGCGUGACCAUCCUCAUGUUGCAGAUCAACGCGUUGGUUCUGCGG